UCAUUUUGUUGUGUUCUUGCAGUUUUAUGCCUGAAUUCUUGAGGAGGGGUAGCGAUGAGUGGUUAAGAUUUCAGCCAGAUACAGAGACAGAGACUGAAUUUCAGGUGGUUCGAGAAAGAAAGCUUAUUUGGGAGAAGUGCCUCUCUCCCGCAUAUGUCAGAGGAAUUUUGGGAAUUGCGUUGCUUGACUUUUUUGCGUGUCGCAGAGGUGGGAGGCUGCAGCAGGUGUGUGGGAUGAAGGGCGCGGAGCCCUGGAGAACCUGCAGGCAGGUGUCUGGCGCAGGGGUGUAGCUCCCACUUUCCGGCGCACGGUGGCGGUCAGGUCUUCCCCGGUGCGACUCGCCGUCUCUAAGGCACCUCUGCUGCCACCUGCAGUCUCAACCAAACCUGUGGGUGGGCAACGCGGCCUGUGACAGCUCCAGCGCCCAAUCGGCUGCGAGGCUUCCGGGCACCCUGCAGCACCAGCCAAUGGGCGCGCAGGAGAGGCGCGCAAGAGGCGGGUCCCGCGUCCAGUCUGGCAGAGGCGCGAGGCCCUCCUCCCGCCUCUCCGCCUACUCCAGCCUCCGCCGCCUCAUCUUCCCGAGCGAGCCUUGCGGCCGCCGGAGCAGCUCCCGCGGCGGAGCCGGAGCCGGAUGGUCAGAGGAGCCCGGCAGCCCCAGCAGCCGCGGAGUCGCCUGGCCCCCAGAGUCACGGGCACAGUGGAGAAGCCGCCUCGAAAACGGAAAAGCAGGACUGAAUUUGCUCUCAAAGAAAUCAUGUCCUCUGGUGGUGCUGAAGAUGACAUCCCGCAGGGCGAGAGGAAGACCGUGACAGACUUCUGCUACCUUCUGGAUAAAUCCAAGCAGCUGUUCAACGGUUUGAGGGACUUGCCCCAGUAUGGGCAGAAACAGUGGCAGUCGUAUUUUGGAAGGACCUUUGAUGUUUACACCAAACUCUGGAAGUUCCAGCAGCAGCAUCGACAAGUCUUAGAUAAUCGGUACGGCUUGAAGCGGUGGCAAAUAGGGGAAAUCGCUUCCAAGAUUGGGCAGCUGUACUACCACUAUUACUUACGCACUUCUGAGACCAGCUACCUGAAUGAAGCUUUCUCCUUCUACUCGGCCAUCAGACAGCGAUCUUACUAUUCUCAAGUCAACAAAGAAGACAGACCCGAGCUGGUGGUGAAGAAGCUGCGGUACUAUGCGAGGUUCAUCGUGGUCUGUCUGCUCCUCAACAAGAUGGCUGUGGUGAAGGAUCUGGUGAAGGAAUUGUCUGAUGAAAUUGAGGAUUAUACUCACCGCUUUAAUACUGAGGAUCAAGUGGAGUGGAACUUGGUGCUUCAGGAAGUAGCAGCUUUCAUUGAGGCAGACCCUGUGAUGGUCCUGAAUGAUGACAAUACCAUAGUUAUCACCUCCAACCGCCUGACUGAAACAGGGGCCCCAUUGCUGGAACAAGGCAUGAUUGUGGGGCAGUUAUCGCUGGCAGAUGCACUCAUUAUUGGUAAUUGUAAUAAUCAGGUGAAGUUCAGCGAACUGACCGUUGACAUGUUCCGGAUGUUACAAGCCUUGGAGAGGGAACCCAUGAACUUAGCUUCCCAGAUGAAUAAGCCAGGAAUGCAGGAAUCGGGCGACAAGCCGACCCGACGAGAAAACCCGCACAAGUAUCUGCUCUACAAGCCGACCUUCAGCCAGCUGUACACAUUCUUGGCAGCAUCUUUUAAGGAACUGCCUGCCAACAGUGUGCUUCUGAUUUACCUGUCUGCCACCGGUGUUUUCCCCACAGGUCGUUCCGAUAGUGAAGGCCCUUAUGACUUUGGAGGAGUGCUUACCAACAGUAACCGGGAUAUCAUCAAUGGAGAUGCCAUCCACAAACGGAAUCAACCCCACAAGGAGAUGCACUGCCUUCAUCCUGGAGACCUGUAUCCUUUCACCAGGAAGCCUCUCUUCAUCAUUGUGGAUUCAUCCAAUAGCGUGGCCUACAAGAAUUUCACAAACUUGUUUGGACAGCCGCUUGUCUGCCUGCUUUCCCCUACAGCAUACCCAAAAGCUUUGCAAGAUCAGUCUCAACGAGGUAGCCUCUUCACUCUCUUUUUGAACAAUCCUCUAAUGGCCUUCCUAUUUGUCUCUGGAUUGUCAAGCAUGCGUAGAGGCCUGUGGGAAAAGUGCCAAGAAUAUCUUCGAAAAAUCAACCGCGAUAUUGCGCAGCUACUGACCCAUUCACGCUCAAUAGAUCAGGCCUUUCUCCAGUUUUUUGGAGAUGAAUUUCUUCGCUUGCUUCUCACAAGAUUUAUCUUUUGUUCAGCCACCAUGAGGAUGCACAAGAUUUUUCGGGAAACACGAAAUUAUCCAGAAUCAUACCCACAGCUGCCGAGAGAUGAGACGGUGGAGAAUCCGCACCUGCAGAAGCACAUUUUGGAAUUGGCGUCCAUUCUGGAUGUGCGAAACGUGUUCUUUGAGAAUACCAUAGAUGACUAUUAAAACCCUCAUGUUGAAACAGUU